GAAUGUCUGGUUUUCAGGGUGGAAAAGAAUAAGCUUAAGAAAAUAGUAUUGGCCGCUUAACCACAAAACAUCCUAAUUGCCUUCGAAAUAUUUUCAAUUCAAUUAUGGUGUCUUCAGGAGAGAGAGUAAAAAAAAAUUGAAUAAGAAUUGAUAAUACACUAUUUUUUCUACAAGCGUGCGCUUUCAACUCUUUUUUCAUUUCAAGUCACUAAGAGUCACUUUCCCACACAGUGCGGAAAAACCUUCUACUAUUUCUUUUCCGCACGCAUAUGCGUGCGGGAAAGAAAUAGCAGUGGAUUUUACCGCACGCAAUAGUCAUGAAGUUUUCAUUUUUGGCUGGGUAAACAGACGGUUUUUUGUGUUUAUAAAUGUUGAGGUUUAAUCUGAAAAUCUGAAUCAUCAAUAUAAUUGAUAUUAGGAUUAUUAGGUCUACGGAAAUAAUAUAAUUCUGUGACUUAACCUGUUGAUAUGAAUUUGGUUAUAUUAUGAUAGAUGCUGCUCCUAAUUUUGAAAUGUAUUGAUGACAAUAAAAUAAAUGUUAACAUUGAGCUCAGAAUUAUUUUAUUCUGGGACAUUGAGUGACGAAAGAAAUGAGUAUCAAAAAUACUCAAAUUUUGCAGAUCAAUUCGGACAAUUCAAAUGAAAAAUGUAGACUUUGUGGCAGGCAUGAUUUGAAGCUGGUCGAUAUAUUCUCUGAAGAAGGUUUAGAGAAUGACUUAUCGAACAAAAUUGAAAUGCAUAUUCCCAUUAAACUUGUAGAAUCUAAAGAACAACGUAUGAAAUGUUGUUCGGAGUGUGUUGCCACAAUUCUUUCUUGGCAUAAUUUUGUACUAAAAGUUUUGGAGGUAAAUCAAACAACAAGUGAAAUAUCAACUCACGAUACAGUUGAAGAAGAUUGUCCAAAAAGGGAUAUUAUAUCUCCUACCUCUACAAGUCUACAACCAUUCCACCAACAUUCAGAGAAUGAGAUUCCAGAAAAUCUUGCUAAUAAGUCUCAGAAUGAAAAAUUUAAGAUAGAGGGAAGUGGUGAAGUGAUAAAUAGUUAUGAUUACACAGAAUCAUCAACAGAUCUCUAUAAAGAAAGUGGAGAAGACUCAGAAGGGCAAGAAAAUAACAUUUCCAUUCAAAUGGAACCUUUAGGUCAUUCUUCAAAACUACUUAAACCCAAUGAAUUGUUGAAUAAACAAUAUCUUCAUGUUUCUGAUGAUGAAGAUUGUCAAAAUGAAAUAUACAGAAUAAAAGGAUUUCGUUCUAAAAUCGAUCCCAAAAUAAUCAAUGAAGCUAAGGUUAUUGUCAAUGAUCGGACAUACUAUAAUUGUAAGCAGUGCGGUAAAAGUUUACUUUCACCGUAUACUUUUAUUUGGCAUAUGCGUAUUCAUACAGGCGAGCGACCAUUCAUGUGCGAUUUAUGUGGAAAGCAGUUUAGAGUAUCACAAGGAUUAGUGCGACAUCUGAAGGAAACUCAUAAGGGGAUAAAGAAAUUUUCAUGUGACUUGUGCGGUAGAAUGUUUGCGACUAAAAGAAAUGUAGAUGAGCAUCGAAGAAUACAUACAAAUGAAAGACCUUAUGUUUGUGCUGUAUGCAGUAAAAGCUUCAAACAAAAAGCUUCUUUGUUUGUGCAUAAUAGGACACAUUCAGAUCAUUUUCCUUUCAAAUGUGAUUAUUGUAAUCAAGGUUUCCGCACCAAGCCACCAUUAUUGAUUCAUGUUACGAAACAUACAGGACAAAAGCCUUAUCCAUGUGAUAUUUGUGGACGUUUUUUCAGGAUCAAAUAUGAGUUGAAACGCCAUCAGCUUGUGCAUUCAGAAGAGAAACCCUUUGUUUGUUCUAGUUGUGGUUUGAGAUUUAAGCAGAAACGGUAUCUGAGAAAUCAUUUCAAAGUAAAUCAUACAAAUGGCGGGAAUUCCCUUUCUGACCGCCCUGGCGAGAAUGCACCUUACUACAUCCAAUUGGAUUUCGUUAAUCCAAAGAUUUUUUACAUUACGAACUCGGCUGAACACAUUAAUGACGUUUCUAUUUGUCUAGUAAAAGAAAAACAAUCUGAACAUGAAUCAUCUACAUUCGAUGAAGAGGAAGAUAAUGAAUUGAAUUUAAAUAUAUUACCUAAGGAAAAUUCCAACGAAAAUGAGAUUGAAGUAAUUAAUAGCGAAUGUAAUGAAGAUAAUGAAUCGUUUCACCCCGAAUCCAAGGACCGUCUGUCAUCAGAAAUCAAAUCAUCGCCGAAUACUCGUCGAAGAAAAUGUGAAGUAGAAAAUAAAUAUUUCUGUGAGUUUUGUGAUAGAGGAUUCACAAGAAAAUAUGACAUGGAAAGACAUAAAAAAUUGAAACACAAUAUUGAAGCAACAAAUUCUGAAGCUCGAAGAAAAAAUAAGGAAAUUAUCAGUAAGUGUAAGAUUAAUGACAAUGGAAAAGUUCUUUACGAGUGCGACUUCUGUCAGAAGAGGAUGAAUACUUCAUAUAAUUUAAUGAGACAUAGGACUGCACAUACUGGGGUGAAACCUUAUAUUUGUCAUAUUUGUGGUAAUAGUUUUCGUUUAUAUAGCUCGUUCAGUAAACACAUUAAACAGUUCCAUGAAGGUGUCAAAAAAUAUAAAUGUGAUAUAUGUGAUAAAACUUUCGGUGUUAAAUCGGCCAGAGACCAACAUAUGAAUACCCAUACCGGUCGCAGACCGUAUACUUGUGAUAUUUGUCAAAAAUCAUUCAAACAGAGUGCGUCCCUUUAUGUCCAUAAGCUAUAUCAUAACAAAAAUUUCAAGUUUGAAUGUACUCUUUGCGACAAGAAAUUCAGACGUGCUCGUGAAUUAGAAGUCCAUGAUAGAACGCAUUCUGGCCAUAGACCUUAUUCAUGUGAUGUGUGCAGCAAGGAAUUCAAAUAUCGUCAGACAUUGAAUACUCACAUGAAAGUCCAUUCCAGAAAUGACGUGGAAUGGAUGUGCGCUAUUUGUGAGUCGACGUUCACCCAGGAGAGAUAUUUAAAACGCCAUAAAAAGGUGCAUAAAUAGCUUCAAGACGCAUGAAACAUAUUUCUAUUUAUUGUUCGAAUUUGACGAGGACUGGAUGAAUAUUGAACUGUACGUCAACCAUUUGAUGCCUUGUGUAUAUUUGUUUAUUAUUUAUUAUUUAUAAUUUCUAACUCCACCUCUAGUUUUUAUGGGCUCGAUUUUAAAAUAAUUGUAAGAUAUUUAUUCAAUGAAUAAAUAGACCGAGAGAACAUUCUAUGGUCAAUUGAUUGUACAAUUUUCUAUCC